AUGACCCAGACUCCAGAAAACAAGGCGGCCUGGCUAUCCGCCUCCGGUGUCGCGCCGCUUGAGAUCGGCCCGGCGCCGUACACAUCACCGAGGCCUCACCAGAUUGUGGUGAAGAAUAGUGCACUGGGCAUCAAUUCGGUCGACUGGGCCAAGCAGAUGCUCGGCGAGACCUUGCUAGGCUAUAUCAGGUACCCCUUCGUCCUUGGCGAGGAUGUGGCCGGCACCGUUGUCGAAGUGGGCGAGGGAAUAGAGCGCUUCCAUGUCGGUGACCGUGUUGUAGCUGCAGCUGCAGCCAUCUCCACCAACAUCUCCUCUGAGGGCGGUUUCCAGCUGUAUACAGUCAUCCGCGAGUGGCUAGCCACACCACUACCAGAUAGCAUUACCUUUGAGCAGGCUAGUGUGAUACCGCUAGCCAUCUUCACAGCCUCUUAUGGCCUGUUUGACACCGGCUACCUGGGCCUUGAUCUACCAACCGUGCCUGCACGUCAGUCUAGCGACAAGCGUGUUGUCAUCAUCACCGGCGGCUCAUCGGCUGUUGGUAGCACCGCUAUCCAGCUGGCUGUGUCCGCCGGCUAUGAGGUUGUGUCGACGGCGUCGCCUAAGAACUUCGACUACGUUAAAAAGCUCGGUGCUGCCCACAUAUUUGACUACAAGAGUGACACCGUGAUUGAGGAUAUCAGCGCUGCUGUCAAGGGAUUCCAUCUUACCGGCGGCUACUCCAUCGGCGACGGCUCCAUCGACCUGCUGGCCGCCGUACUGUCCAAGCAUCAGGGCCCCUCUGUUAAUAAAUUCAUUGCUCUCGCCGGCGGUAAGCCCCGGGGCCGCAGCAUUGACCCGAGUAUCCAGGUCAAGUUCAUCUUGCUCGGCCCGGACGCGGCUGCCUCUGACUCUGUCGUAAGCAAUAUCUACAAGGGCUACCUCCCGGAUGCACUCGCCAACGGACAGUUUGUGCCAGCACCCAAGGCGUUUGUCGUUGGGAAGGGACUGGACAAGAUUCAGGAGGCUUUUGGGGUCCAUAUGCAGGGUGUUUCAGCAAAGAAGAUCGUUGUGUCACUAUGA